AUGGAUGAAAUACCAAAUUUGUCCCUUAGAGAUGGUGAAAAGAGUAUGAAUGGACAUUUAGAAGGCAAGGACAUUAUGGGAUUUGAAGCCUUAAAUCGACGUGCUGUGGCUGUGGUGGUGGACCCCAUUCAGAGUGUCAAGGGUAAGGUGGUUAUCGAUGCUUUCCGGCUUAUUAACCCAAAUACUGUGAUGCUUGGCCAAGAGCCACGGCAGACCACAUCCAAUCUUGGCCAGCUUAACAAACCAUCCUGUCAAGCAUUGAUCCAUGGGUUAAAGCGGAAUUAUUACUCCCUAGCAGUAAAUUUCAGGAUGAAUGGACUUGAGGAGAAAAUGUUGCUUAACCUUCAUAAGAAGAAAUGGACUGAUGGGCUGACGAUGAGGCAAUUUGAUGCUCAUUCAAAAACAAACGAGCAGACUCUUCAGAAGCAUGUUUCCUCUUUGGCUUCGCGUAUGCUUCACUUUCUUUCUGGAUCAUUAGGAGGUUAUCGCUGGUUAUGGUUAAGUGUGGAGGUUAACAGGGGGCAGAGUUCUAAGCAAUUUAAUUCUAGGCCAGCAUAG